GUCCGGAAAUUCCCCGUCUAAUUACCAGACUGAUAAGCCAUUCCUCCUUUUUUUUUUUUCCUUCCCUAGAAUUUUCUGUCAACGGGGAUUCCAUAUUGCGUGGAAAUUUUUGUUCUUUUUCUGUUUCGAUUCUCAGUGACGCCAUUUUUGUGUGAUCCCAGAAGAACUUCACUUUUCCCCCUUCCGGGUUUCUGAGAAAUUGGGUGGUCGUUCUGGUUCAUGAAGAUUACUGAGACAUAUACAGAGGCUGUGCGGCGAUUGGUUGGCAGUCGGGUGUUUCUUGGGAUUCUCGGAUAGGGUUCGUGAGUACUGGUUGAAGGGUUUCUUGAUGGAGCCCAAUUAGGCCUGACACUGCCGAGAUUCCUGUAUGCUCAGUUGUUUUAAUCUUGUUGGGUGUCUGUCCAUUGGUAUGUUCAGUUUUUCUUGAUUCGAGUAGGAAUCUCAAGCUUUCUGCUUCGAGUUUCGGGUUAUUGUCCUCAGCCAAAUUGCAGGAGGAGAGUAUGGAGUUGCCCCUGUAGAACUUAGCUUUUCGAACUGGAUGGAAUUUUUUAUGGUCCAGCGUGCAGUUUCAGCUUCUAUUGUGUUAAAAAUGGACGCAUCUCAGAGCAGCUUGAUGAAUUCUCUCCCUCCUUUUCUAUCAAAGAUGUACGAAAUGGUUGAUGAUCCUUCCACGAAUGCAAUCGUGUCGUGGAGCCAGUCCAACAAAAGUUUCAUCGUGUGGAAUCCGUUGGAGUUCGCUUCGGUGUUGCUGCCGAGGUUCUUCAAGCACAACAAUUUCUCCAGCUUCAUCAGACAGCUAAACACAUAUGGAUUUAGAAAGAUUGAUCCCGAACAAUGGGAGUUUGCAAAUGACGAUUUCAUCAAAGGUAGACCCCAUCUUCUGCGGAACAUCCACCGGCGGAAGCCAGUCCAUAGCCACUCCUCACCGAACCUCCAACAGAAUCAAGGGAUCAGCUCUUCCUCUCUGACUGAAUCAGAAAGGCAAGUGUAUAAGGACAAGAUAGCCACACUAGAGAACGAUAAGCAACUCUUGCUUUCAGAGUUAGAAAAGCACGAGGAGGAAGAAAGACGAUAUGAAUUGCAGAUGCAGCAACUGAAAGAUCGGUUUAUGCGAAUCAAGGAAAAGCAGAGACUUAUGGUGUCAAAUCUGUCCCUUGUUCUGCAGAAAACAAGUACAUCUCCUGGACUAGAAUUGCAGGGUAAGAAAAGACGGUUGGCUCGGGUUGAUUUCUUCGAUGAGGAGACUGAUGACGAACAUGAUAACAUUGCAAAUUCUCAAUUGCUAUCCAUCAAAGAGCUCUAUGAGCAGUUGGAAUCGUCCCUAACCUUCUGGGACGACAUGGUGCACGAUGUGAGUCACACUUACCAUUCACGUGGCUCUGAUUUGGACAUUGGUGAGACUACAAGCUGUGUAGAGGGGGACAGCCCUAAUUUCUCAUGUCCUCAACUUAACAUAGAUGCACGAUCCGGGACUCAUGUGAUCGACAUGAAUUCAGAGCCUCCUGUGGCCAUUAAUACUGCUUCUGAUACCGCUGCCUCGAGAGAGCGACCAGUGGGUCCUGGUACUGCUUCUGAGGCUGUUGGGAUCAAUGAUGUGUUUUGGGAACAGUUUUUGACCGAGAACCCGGGCGAUGAGAAUCAGGCAGUUCAUUCGAGAGGAAGGUCCUGAUGGCUGAAAGAAUGACAUGAGUGGGUCUGUGGGACACAGAUAGUUCGAGGAAGUACGGGGAAUAGGAACAGUUUUGCAGGAAAAGAACGCGGUAUUGGUUGAUUGUGCAGGAACAGCUUGUGCUGUUGUAAUGAAUUUUGUUACAGUUGAUGUUUUGUACUUACGUAGGAUCAUUGCAAGUGGCUUGUUUUCAGUCUUAACACAUUUCUUCACAGAAAAUAUGUGGCUCGUAAAAUUUUGUCAA